UGUGUAAAAACCUGAAUUUUAAGUAACAAAUGAGGUUCAGCCGUACGAUUGUGGCAUCAACCAGUCGUGAUUCUGGAUCCUGUUGGAUUCGGCUGAAUGUAUACAGACUUAGCUACAUCACAAAAGUUGUCACCGUCAUUGACAGCACUUGCCAGCUGAGAAACUGAACCCUGAAUGAGAAAAACUGAUCCCCCUUCCCUGCCAAUGACAAGGCUCUCAAGUAGGCCAGCAGAGGGUGCACAGGUUAACUGGGAAACCUCAUUCCUGAGCUAUGUUUGUCAUUGAUGGCUUCCUCUUGACCUUAUCCUGGAAAACGGGUCUCUGAACAAAAUGAAUUUCAUUACAAGGUUUUCUGCUUUAUGUCUGAGGAAAAGCGAGAUGCAGCCGAGGUACUGGAGUAGUAGACGACCAGCUGUUCCACUUGGAUCACGGAUUUUGACUGAUCCUUCUAAGGUUUUUGAGCAUAACAUGUGGGACCACAUGGAGUGGUCACAAGAAGAAGAAGAGCAUGCCAAGGACAAAACAGCAGAGAACUCGCUUGUGAAAGUCCGGUUGGAAGACCAAGAUAAAUAUGAGAGAGAAGCCAGUAAAUAUUGGAAUGAAUUUUAUAAGACUCAUAAAAAUAACUUUUUCAAGGAUCGCAAUUGGCUGUUUCUGGAGUUCCCAGAAAUUCUUCCAGAAAAAAAGAGAGAAGAGUUGAAAGCAGAGGAAAAAUCUUCAGAACCCACAAAAAUAAAUAGUACCAGCAGUUUUCCUCGCCAGGAUUUUCCUGGAAUGUUUGAGGAAGGAAAAGAAUACUGGGAGAAAAAUUAUGGGGAAGACUCUACUUCUGUACAAGGACAUACAUACAACAAAAACCAAGCAAGAUCUCUUACUGACAAUCCUCAUGGUAAAAACUGUAGAGAACAACUGAGCAAUCUAGAAUCCUUCCCUGGUGGUGGUGCUACUUACAGGAUAUUAGAGGUUGGUUGUGGUGCUGGAAAUAGUGUCUUUCCUAUUUUGAAAGUUCUAUGCAAUACACCUGGUACCUUUCUAUACUGUUGUGAUUUUGCUUCAGGAGCGGUGGAGCUGGUAAAGUCACAUUCGUCCUACAAUUCAGCCUGGUGUUUUGCCUUUGUUCACGAUGUGUGUGAUGAUGCUUUACCCUAUCCUUUUCCUGAUGAGAUCCUGGAUGUCAUUCUCCUUGUCUUUGUGCUCUCUGCUAUUCAUCCUGACAGGAUGCAAAAGGUUGUAAAUAGAUUGGCUAAACUACUGAAACCUGGAGGAAUGUUGUUAUUUCGAGACUAUGGAAGAUAUGAUACAGCUCAACUUCGUUUUAAAAAAGGUCAUUGUUUGUCCGAAAACUUUUAUGUACGAGGAGAUGGAACCAGAGUUUAUUUCUUUACCAAAGAUGAGGUAUGGCACGUGUUCACCUUGGCUGGAUUAACUGAAGUACAGAAUUUAGUUGAUCGGCGAUUGCAAGUCAACAGGAAGAAAAAAGUCAAAAUGCAGCGAGUCUGGAUACAGAGCAAGUUCCAAAAACCGUUGCUGCUAUCUCUGAGUAAUCCCGAAGAAACUACCAAAAGGCACCCUUAUGGCUAAAUAAGCCAUAAACUCCAGAAACUGAAGGAAAUUUGAGGAAAAAUGUUUUUACCUGCUUUCAAGCAGAACUCUAAAGUGACAGCAGCUACAAUCCUAACUUCUUGGGAAGCAAAUAGAGAGAAAAAAAAAAAAAAAAGAAGUCAUCUCUGCUCUCUGGUUGUAUGCAGGCAAGGUAGGACAAUUAAAUUUACUCCGUAUGUUCUGAUGUCCCAUUUAAAUCCAGACCAUAUCUGCAGAUUAUCACCUUGAAGCGCCUUCCAGUCUCAGUUUGUUAUGCUUGCAUCUGUUCUACAGAAUUUAAAUGAAUUUGUAUAAACUAGAAAUACAGCUUACAAGGAAAACACAGCUGAUCAGUAGUCUUUAGGCUUUAUCUGGGACUAGACAACUUAAAGCAGGUAUCUCUUUAAUACUUUUAUUAUUUUAAAACAACAGACAACCUCAAAAUCUCAGAGUUACAGAGGAGCACUCAUCCAAAGGCCUGAAAAUUUAGGUGGUUCUUCAAGGUAUAAUAUAUUACAUCAACAAUAUUAAACCUAAUAUUUCUAUGACAAAGCUUUGUACACCACGUUAGCCAAAAGAACCUUGCCUGUUGCCACUGUGAAGAAGCAGUGAGCAACAAGAUGGACGCACUUUCAGAUGAUGUCAUAUUAAGCAGGUUAUUACAAAUUUGAAGGGAAUCUGAAAGAUCCACAAAAGCAAGUGAAUUAGUUUAAUAGCCGCUACAACCAACUGCUCACAAGUUAAUAAAUAUUCAAAGAAAAUAUGAGUAUUCAUACGUAUUGACACUAAAUCAAUUUUUGACUUAAAUAAAAACACAAAAUUGGUGUAUGCUGCCAGUUAUAAAAACAACCUCAAUGUUAAAAGGUAUAAAUACAAAGUUUAAAAAAUGAGAAUCCUAUAUAGCUACUGCAUAAAUCCAGUGUAUAAUCUCUAUAGUGGUUCCCAUUCAUCUAGAUAAAGAUGUAGUAGAAAUACAUGGUGAAAGUUCCUAGAAACAAGGAAAAAAACUUUGUAUGAAGGCAGGUUAGGAAAAUGAAUGAUAGACAAUGUGAUAAUGGUAUAUAGCAGUACGUAUUAGUAUUUAGAAGGUCCACUUUAUCCCUUUAUGCAAUAGUUGGCAGGCAACAAAUUUACAUUGAUAAAAGUAAUAUUUAAUGUAUACACUAUAAAUAAUCCAAGGAAUCACAAUAUUCAUGAGGCUAAAAGAUUGAUGAGUUAUUAAAAAGGGGUUAUGUGAGGUUUGACAUUUUUAUAUGUGUAUGUGUGAGAGGGAAAUCUGCAUAUUUACUGUGUAAGACUUUAAAACGCCUUUCUCCAAUAAACAAAAGGACUGCAACCUUUCUCCAGUUUUUCUGAGGUUCUAACAUUGCUCGGUAGCAGAGAUGGAGAAUAAAGCUGAAUACCAAAUUGGUCGGGCGGGCAAAUUUUACUGAAUUAAGGUAGAAAUAGGAGAAAAAAAAUUAAAGAAGGAGCGUACUAAUUAGUGUGACAACAUGUAACAAUCUGUAACAAUCAUACAGAAGUUAGUAUUUCAUAGAGAAUGACAAAUUCAGUGCAAUGCCUGACAGAGAGGGAAAGACAUCAGUCUUAGCACACUUCCCUGUCACUUAUCACAAUAUCACUGUAAAUAGGCAUUUGGACUAGCUAAAAGCUAAGGAAUAAAAAGAAUUGAUUUGCUAAAAGAACACACAAUUGAUGAAUUAUGCUUAGGUCAGGCUGGCUGUAUUGGAGGGCUCUGUUGCAGAGCCAACAUUCAUUUUCUCUUUCUUUAGUGUCAGGCACGCUCUGGCCUCCAUUUCCUCCCAAAUAACAAGUGCUCUUUAAAUGGAGGAGCUGCAUCUUUGAACUUGAAUAAAAGGGUGGUUGUGCAGUGCAGGAUUUAGCAGAUGGACUUAGGGAAUCUGAACCUACUACUAGUCUUUUAUGCAACACUAGGAAAAGCGUAGUCACUUUUAAUGACUCUGUUUGCUACAUACUCUAUUAAGCACAGUAGUCAGAUGUCAUUCUGAGGAAUCGGGCAGCUUAGUUUCCAGUGACAUUGAUUACACUCGCCAGUGAGAGGAUGAGAAAGAAUGGUGGGUGGAGAAGUGAAAAUACAGUGUGAGGCAUUUCCAGGAGGAGGUUUGCGUUCCAGCACUUGCAUGUGGGUGACGAUCCCUCCGCGAAACAAUUUUUACUCUAAAGUGGAGCUGGGCUAAAUCUUCUACCUUCACUUCAGGUUUAAUCUCCAUCCCUACAAACUGCCGAUGCAGCCUUUAGUUAAGCAAGUAUUUACUUAACAUGAAGAGAAAAUAACAGUAGCUAGACUGCAUCUUUAACUGUGAUUUCACAGAGAGAGACCCUGGCAUAUUAAUCCCUGGCCUAAACGGGUGUGAUUCUCAAAGAUACCAAUGCAAAGCCUGUUUACACAGGGGCUGAGCUAAGCCCAAAGGUGAUACACGAUGCAGUUCAAAAUCGAUCAUUUAAUCCUUUCUAAAAUUUUGUGAUCUAACAACCAAAGAAGUUUGUGUUGAUAAAAGGUGGUGUGCCAAAGCUGUGAUUGUCACUGAACAUGAUUUGUUUUGAAAUAAAAAUUAUGACAAACACACUAAUGAUCUUAUUCUAAAUAAAUCAAAUGCUUCAUCUUUUUAUUCAAGAGCAAAUAUUAGUGAGUUGAAUAAAUACUCAGUGAUAGUUCCCAAACGGUGAAAUAAGGUCUAUUUUUAAUUUGGAAACAGCCUAAGUUUGCUUAUACAAAGAGAGGGAAACAAAAUCAUACUGGCAAUAAGUCUAUAUUUUAUUUUACUGACGUUUACACAGAAUCAAUUGAUAUAUUCAGCAAGAACCUUGUUUUUAGUUUCUUUUCAUUUUGCAUGUACUUAUUUUAAUAACAAAUGAGAGCAGAUGAAAAAGGAAACUACAUGGCAGACAGUCUGCAAAGCAUGUAAGUAUUAUUACAUCUUUUAAGAUAUUUAACAAACUACUAGACUGUGCUCUUUUCUUCUUACAUCAAUUGGCUUGAGGCAAGGUAUCAGAAAUAGUAAAUAUUUAUUUUGCUUUGAAGCAAUUAAUGUUUAGUAAAGUGCCUCAAGGUUAAAUCUGAACGAAAAAUCUUUGAAUCCUUUGACCCAGAUUCUUACAUCAUUUAUGUCAAAGUCCAGAAGACUCUUAAAGCCUGUGGAGUUGCUUCAAGAUGUAGACUAGUUGCUUGCAAUUAGAAUCCAGAUUAACAGGUACCCAAUAUUCUUUAUAACAAGAAAAAUGCAGAUAUAAUGGAUAAAAAAAUAGUCUAUCGGGAAGACCAUCUACAUGAAUCUCACUAAAAAAUUCAGUCACCUGCACAGAGACAGUAGCUUUUGUUCACUACUCCUUUUAUUUUGCUUUAAGGACUGAAAUUCAUUUUGGGUUUAAGAUGCUCAUGUUUUUGUGUUUGUAUUUUAGUGUAGGAUAAUCAGACUUUUUUUAGCUUACAACAUUCUCUAAUGGGUAGCAUUAUGAAACCUGACAGUCAACCAAAUAAAUGCGAUUGGUUAAGAUAAGUAUUUUAAAAUCAAAUUGUUUAAGGUGUUCAUUUUUGCUAUGUAUCUCUCACUCAAAUGCUUGAGAAAGCACCUGUGAGAAAAUGUGCCUAUUUCUAAGCUUAACAGUUUUUUGAGGACCAGAAGAAAAAAUCUGAGAAGAUCAAAUGAGAAUCAACAAUGAGGGAAAAAAUGGCUUUUUAAAUAUAUUGUCAGGAACUGAAAAAUGCGUAUUUAUUUUUCCCUGUGUUUUCAGAUUUCAUAGAAAUCUAUGUUGUUCCAUUACCAGGAGACUUUGCAUAUUGGUAUGUGUUUCCAAGGAAAUACCAGUAAAGCAGUCGGAUUUAAAUUUACAUUAUACUUUGGGCUCCCAUUUUUUUCACAAUUGUGUAGUCUCCUUUUCCUUAAUCAGUCUAUUAGAUUUAAAAAAGAAAAUAAAAACAAUAACAUUAUUUGAAAGCCAUAGGUUUUACGUGGUAAUACAGGCAAAUAUUAACUGGGUGUUGUUUCCAGUGGAUUUUCCUUUCAUCUGUGAGAUCAAGAAUGGUACAGUUUAUCUACUGUGUUACCAACGUUUUUUUUAGUAGAGGCAUAGUCUAUGUAUGUUUGUGAUACUUUGUAUCGUUUUCACAUUCUUGUUUCCAUCUACCCUUACUUUUGGGGUUGUAUUAAUAAAGCUUUUGGAGAUUCUCAA